UAAUCGUUGUGUAAUCUCCAUGAAUUGGUCAUCGCAGUUCCCCGAGCUUUUAGCAGCUUCGUACAACAAUAAUGACGACGUUCUUAACGGUGUAUAUCUUUUCAUCUGGAACACGAAAUUUAAAAAAAAUAACUCCAGAGUUUAUCCUUCACUGUCAGUCACCCGUUAUAUCAACUACUUUUGCAAGAUUCCAUCCAAACUUGAUCUUGGAUAUAGCAGGCAAGGCUUACUUUGGUCAAAUCGUGUUAUUGGACAACCGAGUACAAAAAAAGACUCCCAUACAACGUACGCCUUUGUCUGCUACAGCAUAUAUUCAUCCAUUAUACUGCUUGAACGUUGUUGGAAUACAAAUCGCACACAAUUUGAUUAGCAUUUCGACAGACGUCAAAUUAU